GGUCCGGGUAGGCGAGACAUGGUGGUGCAGUGAGUGUCGUGCUUGCACAUCAGUGCUUUUGUGCUUGUCCGCGUAGCCUGUUACUGAAAAUGCACGACGUGCAUGUAACUUUUUUAGCCACCAAAAUACUCAUUUCAUGCAUAUAUUUACCAGUGAGUGAGAAAAGGAAUAAAUACUUGACCAGAUAGUGUACAAACGUGUUAUUUCUUUUAUAAAUCCAUAAAUUAUUCCUCGCACCAUGCUCGCAGUCGCACAGUCGCAGCAGAUUCAAAGUACGAGCAAGGUACAUAUUAUUGAUAGGUGAAGGACUGAAGACCUCAAAUUUCGCAGGAGACAUUACAACAUGCUUGUUUGUCAUUGAGGAACAACACCUAUUCAACUUCAGCAUGUGUGAGGCAACUAGUGUUGCUGUAGGAAGCAGUACACGCACGAAGGUACGCCUUGCCAAAAGUCACCCAACAAUGGCUACUUAAUACGAUGAAGUUCAGUCUGCCAACAGUCCAGGCAUGCCAGCGAAUGCUGAUGGAGCCGUGUUCCUGGAACGAGGCCACCGAGGGAUCGUGCCCUGUCCCUUGGUCAACUCCCGCCGAAUCCCGCCCGGUGAUGUCGAAGCUAUGUACUGGUACUAUGGACCAAAAAGCGAUGCCUCCAUGCUCAUUUCAUACAUCUUGGGAAGUGUGACUCCCCAAACCCGAAACGGGAUCCAAGAGGGUGUCUACAAUAUCGACAGUGAGUUCAAUUUUGUCAUUGAAAACGUCACCACCUUCAAUGAGGGAACCUACACCUUUGAGGUGAAACCGAAGUCAGACGUGAUGCAUGAGGGACAAGUAGAAGUACUUGAAAAAGUCUCCCCAAAUCGGCCAUAUCCUACCGUCAUCGGCUGCAAUGAAGACCAUGAUGCGGACACGUGCGAGGCGACAGUAUGGUACGAUACCACAGUUCACAAUCUGACCUGUGUCAUGGAGCAGGUCAAGCCUGCCGUGGAAUUGAAGUGGUUCUUGGGGGGGCUGACGGAACUCAAGGCCUACCUGACAGUCAGGCCUGUAGCUAUAACAGCCUACUCGGGAUCGUCGUUGAGGAACAACACCUAUUCAACUUCAGUAUCAAUCCAAGUUCCUUCGGUAGACAGUGAUGUGGAAUAUGUGUGUGAGGCAAAGGGUGUUGCAGUUGGAAGUACCGGUAGUACACGCACAAGGGUACGCCUUGCCAACAUUCGCCCUACAACGGCUACUAACAAUGAAGUUCAGUCCUCAACCAAUUCAGGAUCAACACUUGCUUUGGCCAACGAAGCAUCACCAACUGCCAACAGACCUUUUGAGAAAUGCGACGCUGUGAUUAUGCUAGGGGUCGCAUGUUCGAUUAUUGUCUUCAUUGCUUGUGUCGUCAUAGGAUAUCUACUGAAGAAACUGAAGAAACUGAAGAAAUACAAACGUAAAUGGAAAGGGAUGGAGCAAGUUCCGCUGCAGGAGCGUGGAAAUCGUGUAAAUUAAGAUAAUGAGUAAAAUUUUAACCUAAAGAUUCAAAGGAAAGUUUAAUCUUAUGAAUGCUAAAAUAUUUGGUUUUAUUAGGUAUUAUUUGAUUGGUGUCAAUAUUUUUGUCUUUGUCUGCUCUGAUGAUGCCCUAAUGUUUUAAGCCGCAUUAAUAAAUACCUAAGACAAUUUACCCAUUCC